GGCCCUCUCUCCCCAGUCUCUCUGUGCAGUCAGUGUUGAUAAGGCCCUGUGCUGACGGCGUUCAGUUGCCUUUGUAACGCAGGCAGUGUCCUCUGUGCAGAUUCUGUUGUGAUACACGACCGAACCGUUUGCUAUUUCACACGCAAUCCUCAGGGGAGCAGAGCAGAUGGGAGCUUGGUGUGCUUGCAUGCUUACACUCAGCGUGCACCUGUUUGAUACAGGACCCAGCAGUGGCAGAAACGAUGUCGGGACUCGCUGAAGAUAUUUGCACAGGCACGAGGAGGAAUGGAGAUGUGCACAGUUCUCCCAGCCGCGGUGCAAAGAGUGAACCAACAUCAGCACUCUUCUUUACAAGUCCCUUUAUGCCUAUGAGGUUUCUGUCAACUAUGGUUCUGCUUGCAAUCGAGACACGAGUGAAUUACCUGGAGCAGGCAUUUCGUUCCCUUACCAGGGACUUGAGGACUGGGGAAGGAAAGACCUUAUUUUUGAGAUACCAGUGCGUGCCCAUCUUGUUACGACACCUAAAUGCAUCCAACAAGCAACAGCUUUCUGGUGCUCUUGAUGGCUUACAUCAGAUGGCCACAGAAUCUGCUUUGCUUGGUAAUAAAGUAAUUAAGAAACAGACAACUGCAGCAUGAAACCUGAGCAGGAUUGGUGCUAUCUGGCCUGACUUGGAAGAGGAAUCCCACCAGCAGUGCAUCUGGCAGCAGCUGUUUUGAGAUGCUGGAUGCCUCGCCUUGGAAGGAUAACGGAGCGACGUUGUGAGAGGGUCAGGUUUUGCCGUGUUGCUUCUCGUACAGGAUCCUCCUUGGGGAAGGAGGAGCAAAGGUUGUUGAAUGGGCAUAGGACUGGGCAGUGAUUUCUCAGAAGCUGGAGGAACUGGCUUUCUGCAGUGCUCUUCUCUUUGGCAGAAUCAGUUGCCCACACAAGUCACUGUCUGCCCCUGUUCUGUAGCACUCACUGACCCAAGCAUUGGGCUGCUCUGACAAAUCAGACCUCUGAUGCUAGACACAAGCUGGGCUGCAAACCUCCGGUAUGCCUUCUGUCACUGUGAUUUGGCUCUCUGGUUGCUGACCAGAUCUCUGGGGGCUUCCUGACAGGCAGGAAUGUGUUCAGGAGGGCUUGUUGGGACGCACCCUGCAGGCACCGACUGCACGGGCUGCUGCCUCUUCACACAGUGCCACUUGUGCACUGAAGGCACUGGCUGUUGGUCAGUUUGUGCACC